AUGGCUUCACGAAUACGACAAUCGAGCGGCCCAACAUCGCACCAGCAACCGCCUCCUUCCUCCUACACGAACCUCAGCCCAACCGACCAGAACAACACACAGGGCAAGGAUAAUGCCAGCUCGACACGCUCGAAUCGGUCCAGCACGUUCUCGCUCAAGGCUACACGAGGGAUCAAACGGGUGUUUGGGAUCCUCAAAGACAAUAGCGAACCCACUCUCAACUCGCAACCUUCCUCACCUCUCGUCAAUGGGCGAAAGAGCACGUCUAUUCUACUUGGAGGGCGUGUGAGGAAUAAUAGCACAGUUAGCGCUGUUGCGUCCUUUAGACGAGAUAGCGAGUCGACCGUGGUCGGAAGGAGGCAGUGGUGGUGGAUUCUUUUACCGGUCCCGACAUGCCCGUUCGAUGGACGCGCUCAAGUUGUUUACAAAGUCAGGACUCAAAGUAGGGUCUCAACUAUCACCUACGUCGAUCAAUUCGACGGGGGCUGCGAUGGUGCAGACUGUGCAGACGGUUAUUGUGGCCGAGGGAGUUCGUUGCAGGAUGGACUUCCUCUUCAGCGGUCGAUACCUUUACCGUUGUCGGGACUAGGUGCUGAGAGAGUGAUUGAUGGUUUGCCGGAGAGCAUACGGAGAAGUUUGGAUUCGAGACCGAUGCUUGCGGUUGAAGGCACAGGGGUUGGCGGUUUACCUCCAAAGGGUGCCAGAGGAGCCGUAGCCACACCACCUGUCGCUCUUACAACUACACCCAAUUCUUCAGAGAUCAACCCCACCCCACCAGCCAACAACACCCUACCUACGAAUGAACCUCCUCUGUCUCUGCAUCAACGUCGGUCUGAGAGUAUCACGACAUUAUCCAACGACUCGCACGACUCGUCCAACUCUAACCAUACUACCACAAACUCUACUAUACGAACUCGCCCUCCCAAACCCAAUCUUUCCAUCCCCAUUCCACCUCGUCUCACCAACGAAAACACACCCGUCAUCACCUCGAGAUCCAAUUCUACUGGUGUUCCAACGGCUACCAUGAAUCCAACAUCAUCAAACAUUCCCGCCUCCCCUACCCAAAUGAAGUGUUCACCUUCCUCACCCCUCCAAUCUGCUCAUUUACGAUCUGCUACCACUCCAUCCCCAUACACAUCCAAAAGUAAAUCACCACCCUCCCCUGGCCUUUCCCUACGUCUCACCCCUUCUAUCGUUAUGAGCCGUCCAAUCUGGCCACUCCCCCCACUCCCCAAUACAGACAUUCCACCCGUCCCCUCCAUUACCACAUCCAAGCAUUCACCUUCCAACAACUCGCCUCCCAGCGAUUCGUCUCCUUCGGACGGAAACGCAGACCGUGACGAGGGGAGUAGGAUGAGGAGAUCAAUGUCUGUCAAGUUGAAUGCCAUGCCGAGUCUCAAUGUUAUGGGUGAGACGGAGACGGUUCGGCCUGAACCCUCGCCACCUACCGAGCCUCCGACUGCAUCUACAAAUGAAGAUGUUGUGGUGGAGGCUGCACCCUCCAAAGACAAGGGCAAAGGCAAGGCUCGACGACGGAGUAAAGACGACGAGGGUGAACAAGAAGAUGGAAGCGCGAGCGAUUCAGACGACUCGGUAUACUUUGACGCUCGUGGAUCCGUUUUCCUCUCGCCCAAGGAUGUCGCCAAAGCUUUGGAGAGGCGACAUAGUCAGAUGCAACCCAUCCCCCGCCCUGUUCGCUCUUCUGAAGGUGGAGGUGUUGGAGCAGAGAGAUCCAACGACGCUGAUGCCGAACGGGAGAGGAGAAACUCAUCCUGGAGCUUUAGUACGAAUGGACGAGAAAGUAUUUAUCUCACCCCUAUGGAGAGCGUUAGUCCCUGGCGAACCCCUGGAUCAUCUGCAUUAUUAUCCCAUCAAACUGACUUGUUGAACAAUAAUUCGGCAUUUGCAAAAGAGUUGGCAAACAAGCGCUCGAGCGUACCUGCCGCCUUUGCGGCACCAUUCGGAGCUGGAGCGAGUAAUAGUGGAACCUCGAGUCGGAAAGAAAUGCGGUUCAGCAUGUCGAAUGCAUCUCAAGUAGGCGCCGAUGGUCUGCCCAAUAUUGACAUGUCGGGGCUCAACUUUGAUCCUUCUAUAUUCAAGACGAGGACUCCUAGUAGUGAUAAUACACCUAAACGUACGAGCUUACGGUUCGCUAGCGCUA